GCGAUGACGUCACUAUCACGCGACUGACAAAUAGCCGCAUUGUUUUGGGAAUCACCGUGCGCGUUAUCGAAAAAGUAACAUUGUUAUGUGUACAUACUUACACAUUUACAGUAGUUUUGUUUGAGCUCCUGAUAGAUGUCAUCUGGAGAUGAAACACGAAAGUUGCAGCACCAGAAGAUGUCAAGUGACUUGGACACUCUGCAACUGCCUAUCAGUGGGCACAGGGAGAAGCUGAUUAAUGCUGUUAAGAAGUACCCUAUCCUCAUUGUUACUGGAGAAACUGGAAGUGGAAAAACAACACAGCUGCCCCAGUACUUGCACCAAGCAGGUUUUGCCAAGCAUGGCAUUAUUGGUGUAACUCAGCCACGCCGUGUUGCAGCCAUUACUGUUGCUCAAAGAGUGUCAGAGGAGAUGAACUGUCAGCUGGGAAGGGGUGUGGGUUACCAGGUGCGGUUUGAUGAUUGUACCUCAGAGGAUACUGUCAUUAAGUAUAUGACUGAUGGAUGCCUGAUGAGGGAAAUUCUUGCUGACUCCAAACUUAGUCGUUACAGUGUUGUCAUCCUGGAUGAAGCUCAUGAGAGAAGCCUGAACACAGAUAUUCUCUUUGGUUUACUAAAGCAAUUCUUUCACCGAAAGUGCCAUGGAAAGAGAAAAGCCACGUUGAAGGUAGUUGUGAUGUCAGCCACGCUGGAGGAGAAGAAACUUUCAGAAUUCUUUGAUAGUUGCCCUGUCUAUGUCAUUCCAGGAAGAACUUACCCUGUUUCAACAGUCUUCUGUAAUCUCAUUGGUCCAGAAGACAAAGAAAGCUCAGCAUAUGUGAAAGAUGUUGUCAAGGUUGUGAUUGACUUGCACACUAAUGAACCUGCUGGAGACAUCCUUGUGUUUCUUACUGGUCAAAUUGAAAUAGAGAAAGCUUGUGACCUCCUGUAUCAGAAGGCUGAAGCCAUCGACUAUAACUAUGAUAUGCAAGAUCGAUCCUUGGAAGGCCUACUCAUAUUACCUCUGUAUGGAUCUAUGCCAACUGAACAGCAAAGAAAAAUAUUCCAACCUGCGCCACCUGGUUUAAGAAAAUGUGUAGUUGCUACCAACAUUGCAGCUACAUCUUUAACAGUAAAUGGAAUUAGAUAUGUUGUUGAUAGUGGGUUUGUGAAACAACUAAGCUACAACUCAAGAGUUUCAAUGCAUAUUCUGGAGGUGGUUCCCAUUUCAAAAAGCGAGGCCCUGCAGCGAGCAGGAAGAGCAGGCAGAACAUCAUCUGGAAAAUGCUUCUGCAUCUAUAGUAAGGAGUUUUGGAAAAAGUGCAUGCCGGAGUUCACUGUUCCAGAAAUAAGGAGAACCAGUUUGACAUCUGUAAUCCUCACUCUGAAAUGCCUAGAAAUUCAUGAUGUCAUCAGGUUCCCUUAUGUGGACAAGCCAGAAGAGAGAUUCAUUUUGGAAGCCCUUAAACAGCUGUAUCAAUGUGAUGCUAUAGAUAGGAGAGGUCAAGUUACAACUUUAGGAAAGCUGAUGAUUGAAUUCCCUUUGCCCCCUUCUUUAACUCGGGCACUAAUUAAGGCAGCGUCAUUUGGCCAUGAAAGCAUUCUCUUACCUUUAGCUGCCAUGUUAUCUGUGGAGAAUGUUUUUAUUCGCCCAGGUCAUCCAGACAAGCAACAGGCAGCAAUUCUGAAGCAUCAGGAAUUGGCAACGAAGGUGGGAAGUUCAAAUGACUUUGCUACACUGCUGCACAUUUUUGAGGAGUGCAAAGCCAGUGUUUCACCUUCUUCUUGGUGCCGAGACUACUUCAUUCACUGGCGUGCCUUGAAGUCAGCUUUUAGUGUUGAGACACAACUUCAAGACAUCCUCACACGACUUAAGAAUAAUAAAGAUUUCCCAGUUGAGCAGUUUUCUGGUUCCAGAAGUGAACUGCUGCGAAGGUGCUUGUGCUCAGGAUACUUCAUGAAUGUUGCCAGAAGAUCUGCCGGCAAGGUCUUCUGCACAAUGGAUGGCCAUGGAUCAGUGGUUCACAUUCAUCCAUCAUCUACACUGUUUGAGCAGGAAUUCCAGCUGGACUGGAUUAUCUUUCAUGAGGUGAUAGUGACCUCCAAAGUUUAUGUACGCAUUGUGUGCCCUAUCCGCUAUGAAUGGGUCAAGGACUUACUGCCUAAGCUGCAUGAGAUUGAUGUUUAUGACCUGAGUAAUGUAGCCAGGCAUGAAAUGGCAGAAGAAGAGGUGGUGAAAUUGGAAAUUCCAGAAAGGAAAGAUUCAGCUGAUUCACAGGAGGGAGCCUGGGGGAAACUGCAGAAAAGGAAUGAUGACAGAUCUAUAAUGGAUGCUCGGGAACGUUAUCUCCAGAGAAGAGGCAUCAGGAAAAAGGGCAGUGAAACUGCAAAUCAAGAACCUUGAAAUAAAUCUUCAGAUGAAGCUGUUUUUAUUUCUUUUUUAUGAAUACAUAGUGUGUAUAUAUAUAUAUAUAUAUUCCUUUUAAGAGCUUUCUGUAUAUAGAGUACAUUGUGCAUAUGACAGUGUACACAUUUUUAUACCCCUUUCCAAAGUUUUAUCAAACCUUUAGUAAAGUGAAUUCAUUUUAAAUUUAA